UCAUCCUCUGGUGCAGUAGAUGGCGACACUUUAGCAUGUUUCCGCAAGAAGAAACGAAAAGACACGAAGAAGAACGACUUCGAAGGGGGAAGUGGUGUUUCUUUUUAUGCUAAUUUGCGACGAAUCUGAACGUUUGCCCUGAUAUAUCAGCAGGUCCACACAAGUUCGCAAUGAAUCUGGAACGACUGCCCAACGAGGAGAAACUAAAUCUGUGUAGAAAGUAUUACUUAGGUGGAUUUGCAUUUCUGCCCUUCCUGUGGCUGGUCAAUGUUGUCUGGUUUUUUCGUGAAGCAUUUUUCAAGCCAGCCUAUACUGAACAACUCCAGAUUAAAACAUAUGUGAAGCGGUCAGGACUAGGGCUGCUGUUAUGGGUGGCAGUACUCACCACAUGGAUUACCAUUUUCCAGCACUACAGAGCACAGUGGGGGGAAGUGGGAGACUAUCUCUCUUUUACAAUUCCACUGGGAAUUCCUUGAGAUAUUUUGUAACCACAGCUGAAAAAUAACUUGACCUGAUCCACUACAAUGGACCAAAGAUUUUUUUUCCAACUACAAUGAAAUAUUUUGGUUAUUUCUUGGCAUUAAAUACAUGGAGUACACUGAGUAAUGUUAGCAGGUAAAUCUUACACAAAGAAAAUUGUUGUAGGACUUGGAAAUUUGCUUUUGCCUAGGCAAAACUCUUACAUUGGUUCAAUAGUUAUUGUUUAGUCAACGUUGUUAACAUGACAACAGUAUAUCUAGAAUUAUCUAAUAAUGAAGCUGGAAGGGAGUUUAGUGAGAACAUUCAAGAACUAAUCCAGAAAGUUUUUCUUUCUUAUUGUGCAGGUUAGUAUUAGUGUAUGACUGUGCCCUAAAACUGUUUUUACGUGUGUGAAUGAGAAAUUAAAAUAUUUGUACUUCAAA